AUGCCGGCUGCGAGGGGUCUCGACUCCCUUCCCUUUGACAUCUUCUAUGAAAUUGCUACGGCGCUGGACGACCGUGAUUUCAUCAAUUUGAGCCGUACCAACCGUGCGCUUCGUGAACAAGCCCAAAGUGAUCUCAUCGCACGCAAGACUGUAGAGAACUUUCUACUAUUCAGCAAGGAGGGUCAAAUCGCCUUAACUCAGGCCGACUAUACCUACCGCAAGGCGGUUGGGCAUCGAUUUGAUAUUUACGAAGCGGUCGCCACAGCUGCCCCAUAUUCUGUUUCGAUUCUAGCCUAUGCGGCCGACUUUCUUUACAAUCAAGGGAUUCUAUGCUACCGAGUGGGGCACGAUAUUCGCCUACUGGACGUGCAUGCUGGGGGUAAGCAGGAACGUGUGUUGGACUUGUUAGUGAUUUUCUGCCGCGUGUCUUCAGAACUGGGCGCGGAUGCAGUGGAUCGGGUAUCGUUGCUGCAAUAUGCAGAUGGUAUCCUCGUAUUUCGGGUCAAUACCGACGACGAUCAGGACGGGUGGUUGGUGGCCGUUGAUAUAGCCCCUCUGCAUAAGUCCAAAAGAGGCCGUGGGUUCAAAAAGCGAAUCCCUGCAGGGGCUCAGGUCUUCGUUCGGCACAGCCGCACAUAUCUGUGGUAUGGCAUAUAUACAGCGGUGGGAAGCCCAAAUGGUGUUUGGACUGUCCACGGGGUGGAUAUGAUUUCCUCCACCCCAGAAAUUAGUUUCAUAUGUCCCCAAGUCGUGGAUGGCGAUCUUGGCCAAUCACUCUGUUUUGAGAUAUACCACGAGCAUCUCUAUGCAGUAUCGACCCAAAUCACUUCAGAUGAGGAGGAACGAUACUCUUCGUUCUACCAUUGGUUCUGCUAUGCUCCGCGCCAUGGUCGUCAUAAGUGGAAUGGACGCUUGUGGCGCCGUCAGCACUGCGAAGGUCCUAUCAACGAGAUGUUCACCGAUCUUUCAAUCCGUACAGACGAAGUCACCGGCCGACCGGUCAUCCUAGAAUGUCGUCGCGAGUGGCCUGAUGGCAAAAGUGAGAAUCAUCGCACAUAUUACACCCAGCCCAUCCCAACACCAGAAGAAUUCCUCGCCGAACACAGCGGAGGAGACACAACAGCUAAAUCUAUAUUGGACGAGCCCGAGCCCGAAUGUCAGGAGUCCACUCGCAACCUCAACGAAUAUCGACCAGAAAAGCGACUUCGCCGCGACUAUCACGCCGAGUACGAACCUAACCAAACAACACGACAAGAGUUCAUAGCCGCACGUACAAAGCACCGUAGCUACAACCUCGCUGCAUCUACCUUCAUCGACCUCGUCAACGACCCAUCAUCAAACGGCUUCCGAUCCCAAGACCGUCUCCGCCUUCGCACCGUCUCCCGAAAACGCAAAUGCCCCAUCGACGAAGAAGGGACCGAGGGACUCCAAGGCCUGCUCCUACGUCCAACACAAUACAACGAUGGAGUACCAGUGGAAGGCUCAGAAGAGCGCUUCGAGUCCCGCGGCGUCCACAUGUGGCCUCCAGAUAACGCACCAGCCGAACUCCAGCGCAUACUUUGCCCAGAUGGACGCAUUAGUACUAUACGUGCUAUCUCAGAUGAACGCUCCCUUGUUUACUCCGUACGGUGUGCGGGACUGCCAGCAGAUCAUCAGGCUUUGAUCUUGAUAAGUUUUGAUCCACAAAUUCAUUUCUCUGGGUUAUCAUCUCUGCGCGACAUGAAACCAAUUCCUGACAAGAUAUUCCCCAUUGAGGCACAGGCGGAAAAUUCAAAUAUGUCUCCGAUCAGAGAGGCGAAGCCUCUCCAUGAGGCUAUUCGAUGUGGAUAUUGGUUACGAUGA